AGGAAUGAGUGUCCAAUCCUGAGGUGCAGGUGAGUCUGCCUCCGUGGCUGAUUGAUUUGAAUUCAGGAAACGCAGAGAGGUGUAACCAGGGCGACGCAGAGAGCAGCUCUGUGUUCAGGCUGAGGACUGGGUGACUCUGAACGCCACAUGGACGUUAAAGAAGCUGUGCUGUAACAUCUUGUAGGAAGACAUAGCCAUUCAUCACCAAGGACAAACACCUCACUCAAAGAAGACUUGCAGCCCCUGUUAAAAAAAAAAAGAACAAAAAGCAAAAAUGAAAGUGCCGGUGUUUCUAGCUUUGACAAUAGUCGUGACUGUCGCUUUGCUGGGGUUAAUUAAAGUACAGAAAAAGGAGGAGGACAAAGAGGCAAAACGGAACAAGUUUCAGGAUAUCAAGCUGCGGGUGACCUUCGAUGUGCUGGGAGAGUAUCAGAACGAGAACGACGAGACGCAGAAACUGCUGGAUAAGACCCAAAGUGACCUGAAAGCGCUGGAGGAGGAGGCGAACAUGCUCCAGACCAAAGCGGAUAAGACGAAGGGUGAUGUGGACAUUUGUAAGGGAGACCAGAAAUCUGCAAGUGAUGAACUGGCAUCUGCAGAGGCAGAGUUCAAUAAUCUAAAAGCUGAAAGCGAUAAGGAGACGGCCAGCUGGAAAACAGAAGUGGAAACACUGGAACAGCAACUAGCAGCACAGAGCGCAGUGUGUGGCUUUUUGAAAAAAGAUUCACAAGCAGCAAGCACAUUGUGUGGCCAACAAGUUGUGGAGGCCCCUAAACAAGAGGAACCAAAGGCAGAAGGCCCUAAACAAGAAGAGCCAAAGGCAGAGGCCCCUAAAGAAGAGAAGCCAGAAGCAGAGGCCCCUAAAGGAGAGCAGCCAAAGGCAGAGGCCCCUAAACAAGAGCAGCCUAAGGCAGAUGCCCCUAAAGCAGAAGAGCCAAAAGCAGAGGCUCCUAAACAAGAAGAGCCAAAAGCAGAGGCCCCUAAAGAGGAGCAGCCAAAGGCAGAGGCUCCUAAACAAGAAGAGCCAAAGGCAGAGGCCCCUAAGCAGAGAUGAGGAAUUACAACCUGUGUUGUCCAGCAUGUAGCUUUACUGGGUUGAUGUCUGCAAAGAUCUAAAGUAGGACUGCACUCACUUAUAGGGAUGUGAAUCUGUUAUUUAUUUUUAAGCAACAAAAGGAAGAAGAAUGAUGACACAUUUAGGAGUAGGGCACAUACUUUUGUGUUUGUGUGUGUGUGUGUGCGUGUGUGUGUGCGUGUGUGUGUGUGUAUGUGUGUAUGUUUAUGUCUGCAGAUAAAAUGCUUUGUAAUAAACAUGUUGUGGUGGCUAGGUUCAAGAGUUCACUCACAUUUGUGGGAACUGUAAAGCAAUGUGAGAAAUGUAGGAAAUUACUGACUAAAUAGAGGAGUGAUGCGAUGUGAUGUGGGUGGACCUGCAGGUUCCUACUUUAAAUAAACAUGAAGGAGAUAAAUACUUCCUCCACCUGCUCGGCUUCACGUCGUCUGGAGCUCGAUCACUCGCUGUGCAGCAACAGUGUCUGUCUGCCGUAAUUCAUUUUGGAUUCAUGGUAAAAAGAAAAUAAGUGCGCAGCUAUGAACUGACUGUUUUUAAAAAAGAAGGUUUAUAUGCUUACAGAACCAUGUCAAUAAUGUACUAAUUUUGAAAAAAAUCUUUUCCAGGAAAAUAAAGUGUCAUUAAUGACCAUUUA